CACGAGCACAAAUACACUUAAUGCUUUAAUUGUCUGUGUCAACUCGUACUUUAAAGCUUUAAACAACGCUUAAAGUGAUUAGUGUCGCAACCUGUCAGUCAAGACUCUGUAGUCAAGCUCGGUUGGAUGUGCAGAGCUUUUCCACGUCAGUGUGUUUACUGAGGGACUGACAGCUGCAGGAAGCUUCACUUUAUUCACUAAUGCAGCGCUUCAUGGCGGCUGAAUGAAUACGCGCUGUUUGGAAAUAUCACGUCCUCACGCAGUGGAAUGUCCUCUAAUGUCACUUUGUCUGUUUUAUCGCAGUGAAUUGAACUUCGGUCUUCUUCAGUCACUGUUGGCCGGCUAGCCUGCUAGCUUGCCGAGCUAGGCUAGCUAGCAUUAACUAACGUUACAGCUUGACUCCAUCUUUGAAAUAGAAGCCAUAAACAGAAAGCAGCAUGGUGGACAAGAAUAUCUACAUCAUCCAGGGUGAAAUCGGUACUGUAGUCGGGGCCAUCAAGAGGAACUCCAGAUGGAACACUCACACUCCACUGGACGAAGAACAAGACCCACUGCUGAACAGCUUUGGCCACCUCAAGGAAACACUGAACAGCAUAAAAGAACUGUCAGAUGUUGAACCCAACGUUUUCCUGAGGCCCUUUCUAGAAGUGGUCCGCUCCGAGGACACCACGGGACCCAUCACUGGCCUCGCCCUUACCUCUGUCAACAAGUUCCUCUCAUAUGGCCUUAUAGAUGCUAACCAUGAAGCAGCAGCCGAGGCCAUCGAGAACAUGGCAGACGCAGUCACACACGCCAGAUUUGUGGGAACAGACCCAGCCAGUGAUGAAGUGGUGCUGAUGAAAAUUCUACAGGUCCUGAGGACUCUGCUGCUGACACCAGUCGGAGCCCAUCUGACCAACGAGUCUGUCUGUGAGAUCAUGCAGUCCUGUUUCCGGAUCUGCUUUGAGAUGCGCCUCAGCGAGCUCCUCAGGAAAUCAGCUGAACAUACACUGGUUGAUAUGGUGCAGCUACUGUUCUCCAGAAUACCCCAGUUCAAAGAGGAGGCAAAGAAUUAUGUGGGUGCCAACAUGAAGAAGUUGAAGAUGCGUGCUGGCGGGAUGAGUGAGUCAUCUAAAUGGAAGAAACAGAAACGCUCACCAAGGCCACCUCGCCACAUGGUCCGAAGUCCCUCUGGUCAGAUGGAUCCAACCGCCCUCAGCAACAACUUAUCUGGUGGUGUCCCAUUCAUUGAACAGGGCUCAUCCACCUCUACCUUACCAGCUUCAGACAGUGCUGGCUCGUCCAUCUCCAGCCCUUCAACCACAGACAGCGGUCUGGACACCUGUUCCAAGGCCACCUCCAGGGAAGACCUUUCUGACCUGGAACAGUGUAGCUCAUCUGCAACCACGCCAAGCACAGCUACGGCAACCCCCCGGACUGAGCCUGGCUCUCCAGAUACACAGCCUGAGGGCAGACAGGUUGAACCAACCCAGUCAGCCUCAGUGGAGUCCAUACCUGAGGUUCUGGAGGACAAAGAAUCCAUCGCAGAACAGUCAGACAACACCUCUGUUCAUGACAUGGACUAUGUUAACCCCAGAGGAGUGCGUUUCACACAGUCCACACAAAGAGACGGAGCAUCCCUCAUCCCCUACGGUCUUCCAUGUCUAAGGGAGCUUUUCCGCUUUCUGAUCUCACUGACCAACCCCCAUGACCGCCACAACACUGAUGCCAUGAUGCACAUGGGCCUGCAGCUGCUGACUGUAGCACUGGAAUCUGCACACAUUUCUAACUACCAGUCUUUGCUAGGACUGGUCAAAGAUGAGCUGUGCAGACAUCUCUUCCAGUUGCUGUGUGUGGACCGUAUGAACCUCUAUGCUUCUUCAAUACGAGUUUGCUUCUUGCUUUUUGAAAGCAUGAGAAUGCAUCUGAAGUUUCAGCUCGAGAUGUACCUAAAGAAACUGAUGGACAUCAUCACAUCAGAGAAUAUUAAGAUGCCCUAUGAAAUGAAGGAAAUGGCUCUGGAGGCACUGGUCCAGCUGUGGAGGAUCCCCAGCUUUGUCACUGAGCUGUACAUCAACUAUGACUGUGACUUCUACUGCUCCAAUCUAUUUGAAGACCUCACCAAGCUACUGUCAAAGAAUGCCUUCCCAGUGUCAGGGCAGCUUUACACCACCCACCUCCUGUCACUAGAGGCUCUGCUGACAGUGAUUGACAGCACUGAGGCCCACUGCCAGGCCAAGGUGCUCAACAACACCACUCAGCAAGACCAGUCAGAAACACUGCUGGCGGAAGGGGAAGGUUUAACGAAAAAUGGAUCAGACACUACAAUUGAUCUUAAUAGAUUGGGCAAUACCAAUGGUCUUAGUCUUCCACAGGCUGAGAAUGCUCUGGUAUGCCCACCAACCAGUGGACAUUUGAUGGCAGAGAAGAUGAGACUUGGUAGACAGGAUCAAGGAGAUUCGGACACUGGUGAGAAGAGAGUCCCGAAAAAGCCUCAGCGUUUCUCCUCAUACUUACCUGAUUCCCAAGAGUUGAUGGAAAUUAGAACAAAGAAAAAGCUGCUGAUCACAGGCACAGAGCAGUUUAACCAGAAGCCCAAGAAAGGAAUCCAGUUCCUGCAGGAGAAAGGCCUCCUCACUAACCCCAUGGACAACAACCAGGUGGCCCAGUGGCUAAAAGAAAACCCCCGCCUGGACAAAAAGAUGAUUGGCGAGUACAUCAGCGAUCGCAAGCACAUGGAACUCCUGGACAGCUUUGUCAACACAUUUACCUUCCAGGGGCUUCGUAUUGAUGAGGCCCUUCGACUCUACCUAGAGGCGUUCAGGCUUCCUGGGGAAGCUCCAGUCAUCCAGAGACUCUUGGAAACCUUCACAGACAACUGGCAUAAAGUGAACGGCUCUCCUUUCAUGACCAAUGAUGCAGGCUUUGCCUUGGCUUACGCUGUCAUAAUGCUGAACACUGACCAGCAUAACCACAAUGUCCGCAAACAGAAUAUCCCCAUGACCGUAGAGCAAUUCAAGAAGAAUUUGAAGGGAGUGAAUGGAAACAAAGACUUUGACCAGGACAUGUUGGAGGAUAUCUAUAACGCUAUCAAGAACGAGGAGAUUGUGAUGCCAGACGAGCAGACAGGUUUAGUCAAAGAGAACUACGUAUGGAGUGUGCUGCUACACCGUGGUGCCACAACUGAGGGGGUUUUCCUCAACCUGCCACCCGGCAGCUAUGACCAUGAUUUGUUCUCUAUGACCUGGGGUCCCACCAUCGCCGCCCUCUCAUACGUCUUCGACAAGAGUCUGGAUGACAACAUCAUCCAGAAGGCUAUCACUGGCUUCAGGAAAUGCGCCAUGAUAUCAGCUCACUACGGCUUCAGUGACGUUUUCGACAACUUGAUCAUCUCCCUGUGCAAGUUCACCACUCUUAGCAGUGAGUCUGUGGAAAACCUUCCUACAGUGUUUGGCAGCAACAGUAAAGCGCAGACAGCAGCCAAGACAGUGUUUGACCUCGCCCAUCAGCACGGCAACAUCCUGAGGGAGGGCUGGAAGAACAUCAUGGACUCCAUGCUGCAGCUGUUCAGGGCCGAGCUCCUGCCCAAAGCCAUGGUCGAGGUGGAGGAUUUUGUGGAGCCGAAUGGGAAGAUUUCUCUUCAAAGAGAGGAAACACCUUCAAAUCGCGGUGAGUCGGCAGUGUUGAGUUUCGUCAACUGGCUGACCCUGAGUGGAGCUGAGCAGUCAGGACUCAGAGGGCCGUCCAUGGAAAACCAGGAGGCCAAACAGGCUGCCAUCCUAUGUAUAAAGCAAUGUGACCCAGAGAAGCUGAUCACAGAGAGUAAAUUUCUACAGUUGGAGUCUCUACAGGAACUAAUGAAGGCUCUGAUAUCAGUCACUCCUGAUGAAGAGACAUAUGAUGAAGAGGACGCCGCCUUCUGCUUAGAGAUGUUGCUGCGUAUCGUUCUGGAGAACAGAGACCGUGUUUCGUGCGUGUGGCAGACGGUGCGAGAUCACCUCUGCCACCUCUGCGUCCACGCUAAUGAGAGCUGCUUCCUGGUGGAAAGAGCCGUGGUGGGACUGCUUCGACUCGCCAUCCGUCUGCUGCGACGAGAAGACAUCAGUACACAGGUGCUCCUGUCCCUGCGUCGCCUGCUGAUGAUGAAACCACAGGUCUUGUCCCGGGUCAGCAGGGACGUUGCUUACGGCCUCCAUGAACUGCUGAAAACGAAUGCGGCUAACAUCCACUGCACAGAUGACUGGUACACACUGUUCUCCCUGCUGGAGUGCAUCGGAGCCGGAGUCAAACCUCCUGCUUCUUUCCAGCUCGCCUCCACCAGCAACGACAUCGACACAGGUGCUCAGUCAGACAGUGAGCUGCCCUCCCAUCAUUCCAGUGAAGUGAGCUUAGACCGCGGCUACACCUCUGACUCUGAGGUCUACACUGAACACAGCAAGACCAGGAUCCCCCGAUCCACCACAGACGUGGAUGUAGCAAGCAGUGGAUGGCUUGUGGUUGGUAAAGAUGACCUGGAAACGAGUAAGAUCCCUACAUUAAACUCUAAAGCUCAGCUCAAUCACCCACUGGUCAACCAGUACAGUCUGACACUGGGUCAGGACCUGGGACAGCAUGACACAAAGUCUCUCAUCAAGUGUGUGGAAACGCUAUCUUUCAUCGUCCGAGACGCCGCCCACGUCACCCCUGACAACUUUGAGCUGUGUGUCAGAGCCAUCCGAGUGUUUGUGGAGGCCAGCCUCAAUGGAGGCUACCGCAACCACGACAAGAAGAAGAGCCACAAGUACGACUCCUCCAAAUCCCGCAUGAGGAGGAAGGUGGGGGGCAGGGAGAAGGAGGGAGGAGGAGGCACGAGGCGAGGUGGCGGCCGCAUGUCCAGCCAGCGUCCGUCACGUUCCCAUAGCGACGACGAGGAGGAUGAAGGUGUCCCGGCCAGCUACCACACGGUGUCAUUACAGGUUAGUCAGGAUCUGUUAGACCUGAUGCACACACUGCACACCCGGGCUGCCAGUAUCUACAGCUCCUGGGCAGAGGAACAGCGCCAUCUGGAGGCUGCAGGCAGGAAGAUCGAGGCAGAUUCCCAGACUCUGUGGACCAGCUGCUGGUGUCCACUGCUGCAAGGUAUUGCUUGGCUGUGCUGUGAUGCCAGACGACAGGUCCGUAUGCAGGCACUCACCUACCUGCAGAGAGCUCUGCUGGUCCACGAUCUGCAGACACUAGACGCCACCGAGUGGGAGUCCUGCUUCAAUAAGGUGCUUUUCCCCCUGCUGACUAAGCUGCUUGACAACAUCAGUCCAGCAGAUGUGGGCGGUAUGGAGGAGACCAGAAUGAGAGCCUGCACACUCCUGUCAAAGGUUUUCCUCCAACACCUCUCACCUUUAUUGUCCCUGCCCACCUUCGCUGCCCUGUGGCUCACCAUCCUGGAUUUCAUGGACAAGUACAUGCAUGCAGGAUCCAGUGACCUACUGUUGGAGGCGAUCCCUGAGUCUCUGAAGAACAUGCUGCUGGUGAUGGACACAGCAGGGAUCUUCCACAGUGCAGACUCCAGGACAGGAUACUCUGACCUGUGGGAAAUCACCUGGGAACGAAUCGUCUGCUUCCUGCCUAACCUGAGAGAGGAGCUCUUCAAACAGACUGUCAUAGCAGAUCCAGUACCUAGUCCUCCAGCGGAGCCUCUGCAGCCGACAACCCCAGCAGUCCGGCCUCCCUCUCCCCAGGCGUCACCACCACCACCCAACCACCCACCCUCACCGGUCCCUGUCCCAGUAACCCCGGCAGAGCCACAGACCCCCAGCAGGCCAGCAUCGCCCCAGGAGCCCCAACCAGCCAGUGCCAACGGAUCAGAUCAGUCUUCUCCGGCCCCCGCCUCUAUGACCCCUAUGCCUGUUCCGUUAACAACAUCUCCAGCCCAGGCUCCUUCUUCCCUGAGCCAGUCCCCUCUCAUCCUGCAGCCCCUCGCUUCUCCUCUCCAAGUGGGGGUCCCGCCCAUGUCCCUGCCAAUCAUCCUGAACCCCGCCCUCAUCGAGGCCACAUCCCCAGUACCGCUACUUCCUGGUCCCAGACCCACAAGCCCCUCUGAUGAGAUCAAGUAACAGAACUGCAGCUCCUGUAAAAACCUCCAACAGACCACCACCCCCUUUUUAAAGGAGCAGUAUGUAAGAUUUAGAGGAUCUAUUGGCAGAAAUGGAAUAUGAUAUUAUUAAGUAUGUUUUAAUUAGUGUGUAAUCCCAUGAAAAUAAGAAGCGUUGUGUUUUAGAAAUGAGUCCUCUAUAUCAUUCAGCAACCUCAGUGCUCAUCCAAUCAAUUUUACACACUGCUCCUUUAACUGCUGGAUCCAACACCAACUAAUUACACAUGAUACCUUCAUUAUACAUUUGAUUUAAAGGAAAAAUACACUCAAACAUCUCACACUGUGAAAAACAACCAUGAUGAUGAUGAUGCACCUUGCGUACGUUAUAUGCCAUUUCUUCUGUUAUAUAUUGUGGAUCAGUGUGAUGUCAUGUCCACACAUUUAGGAGCAGAGAAUGGAGCGCAGAAGUUACUGAAAAUCAUUCCAGGACAAAUAUUAGGAGCGAGUGGGUCUAAUGAAAGUUUGAUUAACAGCCAGAUCACUGAGGUCCUGCCCACCUCUUUUUCUUUUUCUACACACACUGACAAUUGGACAGAAUUUGUAGUCAUACUAGAUUUAACCACAUGUUAAAAUAUGAGGAAGGUGUAAGGGCAGAUUUAAAGGAUAAGUCUUGUAUUGUGUCAGUCAAAUGUACAGAACCAAACCAACAAUGUGAUAUUCAUUUGUUGUGAAAUAGUUUGUUUGGGACUAUUUUCAGCGGUGGAUUAAUUCACAUUUGGUGGUCUAGUGAGUGUUUUUGGCAGCAGGACUGUGUGUGUGUGUGUGUGUGUGUGUGUGUGUGUGUGUGUGUGUGUGUGUGUGUGUGUGUGUGUGUGUGUGUGUGUGUGUGUGUGUGUGUGUGUGUGUGUGUGUGUGUGUAAUCAGUACAUUAUUAGUUUGGGUCUUUACAAUGGUUCAUCACCAGACUGAUCCUUUAACAUCCUUUACAUACUGUAAGGACAUUAUAUUUACAGAAAAUGAUGUAUGAAUAACUGAAACUGAGGGGGGGGGGGGGGGCUCAUGUCCUGGUUGAUCAAGUCUAACAGUGUCAGAAUGUGAGAGUGCAGUUAUUCCUAAAAUAGUCAACAUCAGGGUCAACAUAGGUUCAUGUAUUGAUAUGAGUCUAAUGUUGUAAAGUAAGCUUUGGUAUAAAAAGUCUACAUCUAUGUUGCAUCUCAUGGACUAGUUGGAAACACCUGCAGACCCCCCCCCCCUUUACUGUUUUUAAUUAGAUUAGACCAGGCUGACCUCAUGGCUUCACUCACACAUGGCCUGUGCUUCUUUAUUAAUCUACAGAUUUCAUGCAGGGACAGUAAUGAUCCACGUGAGUAACUUAUUUGGAUUUUAGGUACUGCAUGUUGAUGAUGAAAUAGGAUUUUUGGAGCUGCGACUUCAGUGGUGUCACAUCACACCACUGAAGGCUCAGCGUGUGAUUUAAAACUGUACAGAAAAACUAUUUUAUUUAUAUACAUGUGAUUUAUUUUUUUCUUUCUUUUCUAUCAUAGAGGCCAAAUUCUUUUCUGUUCUGUAACAGACACACGUGACGAUGUCUGAACUGUUCACUUCUACCUGUUUCUUUUCACUUCUACUCGAGCUUUUUGACCCCCGCCAACAACAAACAAGCCUUAGUUUUGGGGCACCUUAUGAAUGCCCCCUCCCUCCCCCUCCCCCUCUUCCACUAAAAUGAAGAGGGAUGUAUGUUGUAGCCUUUCUCAGAGGGACUAAACAUGUCACGUCUUCUAUAUUCCAUUCUGUAGAUAGUGGAGUGUGCGGUGAGCUCGCUGCGCUGUACAGAGGACACUUAGAGAUUCAAAUAGUGACUUUUCUGGUGAAGUCUAACAUGAUUAAACGAGUGCAGUAUUGAUGUCAAUUUAUCAUGUUUCUCAUGUGGUUAGUGUAGCUCGCUGCGUACAACAUGACAUGAUUAGACCCCAGGGCCUGAGCAGCUCUUCAUCAUCCAAACUCAACAUUUAUGACUUUAAAAAAAAAGACGUCUAUCUGAAUGUAUGUCAUCUCUACUGUUCAGUAGAUCAGUAUAAGUGGUGCAAUUACACAAACUGGAUGACAAAGAUGCAGGAAACGUGAUAUACUGUGCAGAUGAUUUAAAGAGUUUCUCAUGGAGGUUCAUACCCCAGGAUUAUUAGAUUAUUAAUUUAUUAGAUUCAAAUACAAUAAAGAGAAACAACACAGCAUAGUGGCAGUCAGUAUAAAGCUACUAGAAUCAUCACAGCUAUAAACUGCAUGUUAUAUAUGGUGAGUUGUGAGUUUACAGACUGACCACAAACUGUUGUAUUAAUGAUUGAUGAUUAUAUUUUUCAAGGUUCACAAAUUCAGGUAGAAAACUAAAGUGUCUGAUAUUUCAAAGACUGUACUCAAGUUGGAAUAAACCUGAUUUAAAAAAUGUAAGUCUUGAGCAUACAACAACACUGUGUUUGACUGACAGAAUCUAAACUCAUCAUUUUUUUUCAUUUAACUUGAAUUUUUCAAUCACAAUUGAACUGAGCUGAAUAUCAGUGUUGUUUUAUGAAGACUGGACACUUGGAUCUUCUAUCAGAAUUUGUACAGCAGCAACAACAACUAAGCAUAAAUCAAGUUUGUGAAAUUGCACCACUUGAAGUAUUACUCUAUAAAUGUCAAACAAUUCAAAACACAUCAAUCCACAUAGCAGUCAAAUAGUUAGCACUGUCAAUCUUUGACAGAAGCUAAAUCUCUCCAUAACUGCAGAUAUUCAGCUGAUUCGGAAGUUCAAAUUAUUACAGCCAUCAUUUCACUUCCAUAUAAAUCUGUGUCUACAUGCUGAUUGUGUCUCGUGUACGAGCACAUGCACGCUGAUCAGACUCACUCACCGUUUUAAUGCCAAAUACGUCACACAGACUGUGGACAGACAGUUGAUUCAGAGCGGCCCUGGGAUUCUCUCACUGAUGUCUAAUGUUAUUUAUUGAGUGGGGAGAGAUGAUGGAUGAUGGAUGAUGGACGUCUCCACUGCGGUACAGCUGACACAGAUACAGUGUGUGUGUGUGUGUGUGUCAGACAUGUAACACUACAGCCUUAUAGAGCCACCAACACGAGACAGCCGUGAGAUUCAGACAUUUUGUAAGCUGUGUGUUCAGUUGUUGUACGGGACUCUCUCUUCCAUAUAUCAGGAGCUGAUUCUUGCUUGAACAGAAAAUUACAUGAAUAUAAUGUGUAUAUAUAAAUGAAAGGUAUUGUACUUUUUACAAUGUAAUAAAUAUAAUGUAAAGAA